AUGGAUUCAACUGCAGCAUCAUUCGCCGAAGCCAAUGAUAUAAGAAGGUUCGCCGGGGAAGCAUUUUCUAAGCACAAUGAGAAUUACGACAAAUUUUCAGUUUCGUUUCAAGAGGAAAUGUACAAAACAUUUUUAAAGAAGAUGGCUACCUGGCUUAAAAGGAAGACUUCCUGUCUAAUGUGCCGCAAAGAUGUUGUGUUCUUCUGCAAAAAGAAAUAUUCAUACAAAGCCAAGCUGAACAUGAAUAAUGGAUGCCUUGAGAUAUCUCUCUUAUUAACCUAUGACAUGGCAGACCACUGCUAUUGGAAUGAUAACGAGAUAACUGCCCGUUUCAGAAAUCAGUCUGUCAAUAAUAUUGACAUGAUUAUUCUUGAAAAAUUACCAAUUGUCUAUUAUUUCCGAAAGUUAAAAUUUUCAAAAUUUCAGUGCGGAGUGUUUAAAUAUCGAGUUUCAUGUGCAAGUUCAAUAGAAGUGACAUUUCCACUUGACAAGAACGGCAUGCAAUUUACUCUCAACCUGUAUCACAGGAGCAUUCCUCAGACUAUCGUAACAAAAGAAUAA